CUCCUCUGUCAUGGUGGACUAAGGCAGAAGAAGACUGAGAGUCGGUGUUUUUUUCGUGUUUGUCGCUUGUUUUAGAGUCCUCUUGGGACCUCAGAGCGCUCGGCCAUGGCGCAGUGCGUGCAGUCUGUGCAGGAGCUGGUCCAGGACUCGUUCACGCCGAUGGUCGCGGUCCUGUGCAGCGGAGAGGCGGAGCGGGUGAGCCGCAGGAACAGGCUGAGCUUCGCCGAGCUGCUACGGCCCUUCUGCAGGCUAACCUCCGAAGGUCACAUCCGGGACCCAAACAACGCUCUGCUGCAGGUGAAGGGUCUGCGCAUCAGUGUGAACACCCUUAGCCCCAGCCUCAAAGCCCCCACCUCAUUCCUGAGCCCCGCCCAGCGCUCCACCCUCCACCACAUUGUCCUGUCCUCACAUCCUCCGGAGGGUGCUCUCAGCAGCAUCACUGCAGGGGACUACCAGCUCAGCUUCACAGGCACCACCCCCUGGUUCGAGGCCUACAGAGAGGCCUUCCUGCAGACCAUGCCCUCCUCGGACCAUGAGUUCCUCAACCACUACCUGGCCUGCCUGCUGGUGGUAUCCUCCUCUGAGGCUGUCCCCUUUGAGCAGUUUCUCAAGCUGUCCCAGGAGCAGCACCAGGUUCAGCACAGUGGAGAGUACAGUGCCCCCAAGUGGUUCAUUCCCAAUACGCUCAAGUACUACGUUCUCCUGCACGACGUUAGCCAGGGUGACGACCACAGAGCAGAGACUGUCUAUGAGGACAUGAAGCAGAGGUAUGGGACUCAAGGCUGCUAUCUGCUAAAAAUCAACUCACGCACAGAGGGGGUGUCAGAGGAGGAGCAGAUCCCAGACCCCUGGAGCCAGUACCUGCACAAGAGCUACUUGCACUCUGUGGAUGGGGACUCCACAUCAGCCAGUGUGACAGCCGAGACCCCAGAGCAAGCAGAUGCAGGGGAAAUAUCUGACAGCCAGAGCCAGGCUCUGGAUACAGGGGCCCUCCCACCCCUGAGUGCCUGUGACAGCGGUAGGAGAGCAUCAGACAGCACGAGUGGGACACCCGGGGGCCACGGCACUUGCCUCACACUCAAUGACCACGACCGCAUCAGACAGUUCAUCCAGGAGUUCACCUUCAGAGGCCUGCUGCCACACAUCGAGAAAAACAUCCGCCAGCUCAAUGACCAGCUUGUCUCCAGGAAAGGCCUGAGCCGCUCCCUCUUUACAGCCACUAAGAAGUGGUUUGGUGGAGGCAAGGCCCCUGAGAAAAGCGUUGCUGAGCCCAAGAGCACUUGUGGGCUCCUGUACCCCCCGGAGGCCCCUGAGCUGCAGAUCCGUAAGAUGGCCGAUCUGUGCUUCCUGGUGCAGCACUAUGAGUUGGCCUACAGCUGCUACCACACAGCCAAGAAGGACUUCUUGUCUGACCAGGCCAUGCUGUAUGCAGCGGGGGCACUGGAGAUGGCUGCGGUGUCGGCCUUCCUUCAACCUGGUGCUCCCAGACCAUACCCAGCGCACUACAUGGACACGGCCAUUCAGACGUACAAAGACACAUGCAGGAACAUGGUGCUGGCUGAGCGCUGCACGUUGCUCAGUGUGGAGAUCCUGAAGAACCAGGGCAAGUAUGCAGAGGCUGCCACACUGCUCAUCAAGAUGACUAGUGAGGACUCAGACCUGCGCAGUGCUCUGUUGCUGGAGCAGGCGGCUCACUGCUUCAUCAACAUGAGGAUUCCCAUGGUGCGCAAGUUUGCCUUCCACAUGAUCCUGGCCGGGCACCGCUUCAGUAAGGCUGGACAGAGGAGGCAUGCUCUGCGCUGCUACUGCCACGCCAUGCAAGUGUACCAGGGCCGUGGCUGGUCUCUGGCCGAGGACCACAUCAAUUUCACCAUUGGACGGCAAUCCUUCACACUGCAGCGAGCCGACAGAGCCGUAGAGGCCUUCAAAGUUAUCCUGGAGAAGGAGAGCCAGCAGACAGCCACACAGCAAGGGGCCUUCCUCCGGGAGUACCUCUACGUUUUCAAGAGUGGUGUGGGGGGCACGGAGACUUGCUCUGACCUACCCCUGCCCUGCAUCCAGAGCUCUGCCACCAGGGUGUACUUCGGCCCCGAGCGCUGCCCUGCAGAAGGAGAGAAACAGGCGGCCACACACGUGUCUCUGGAUCAGGAGUAUGACCAGGCCAACGCCGCCAUGUGGUGUCAGCUGGAACUACAACUGGUAUCUGCUGCUAACCGUGGGAUCGCUCCUGUAGCUUUUCAACCCACUCAGUACUGCCUACACAGCCAGACUGACAACCUGCGGCGCCCCCUGGCUGUGCUUCAAGAGCCCAUCAUCGUGGAGGUGGUCCUGAGGAACCCCCUGAAGGUGGCGCUGUCUCUGUCCAAGCUCACACUCCUCUGGAGGUUCACUGCAGAUGGAGACUGCACAGAGCUGUCCAACGAGAACGCUCCUGCAGCUCUGGCAGAGGAGGUGAUGACCAAUGAGGUGAUCGUGGACUUUGCCCUGGCCCCAGAGGAGACCAAAGUGGCUCGUCUGAAGCUGGUGCCUCGGAGGACAGGGCAGCUCAGUGUGACAGGGCUGGGCUAUAGUCUGUCUGCAGCAGGGGACUCUGCGGAAGGGGACAUGCUGGUGGUGCGGGGCAGACAGGAGCUGAAAAUCCAGGGCCCACGCCUGAACCAGACCAAAGAGGACAAGAUGUCUGUGCGACAUGGGAGAGACGAGAGGCUUCACCCCAUCAUUGUUGCCCCCAUGCCUUUACUGGAGGUGUUCUUCCUGCAGUUUCCGUCAGCGCUGCUCUGUGGAGAGAUCCGGAAGGCCUACAUUGAGUUCUGUAACAUGAGCUCCGUGGGCCUGUGCGGCCUCAGGGUGGUGUCCACUCACCCUACCUUCUUCACCUUCGGCUCUGUCGGCAGCAGCCCUCUGACCCCAGUGACCCCUGGCUCUGCUGAAAACUGCUCUGCCUACAAGACUGUGACCGGGAAGCCCCAACACCCACAUGUGCUGGUGUCAGCACGGGACUUCCUCCAACCCUCCUCGGUUAUCUCCAUCCCUAUCGAGGGAGGCGUGCUCAGGCCUGGGGAGUCCAUGCAGCUGCCCCUGUGGCUCCGGGGCCCUGAUAAAGAAGGAGUGCACGAAAUCAACUUCCUGUUCUACUAUGAGAGCACAGAGAAGGGAGGCAAGAUCAGCCACAGAGUACUACGCCACACUGUCUUCAUCUGCUCCAGCCGCUCCCUCAGUGUGACUGCCUCCGCUUGCCGCACCCCCGGCCCUGCCCUGCCCAUCCCUCACCAGCCUGCCACUGUCGAGCUCACCCAUCAUCAGCCUGACCCAGUCCAGCCUAUGCCCAGUGGAACACUGGUGUUUGUGGAUGUUGAGAACAUCAACCUGAGUGAAGCUGGGGUUAGGGAGUUCCACAUUGUCCAAGUCUCGAGCUGUGGUCAGCGCUGGUGCCUGCAGACCUGCAUCAACCCCUCCCAUCAGAAAGAGUGGCGCCUCAGCAGCAGAGAGAGGGCCAAGCUGUGCUUCACGGCGGUACAGUGCAGAGUUCCUCCCGAUGCCACUGAGAAAUUCACUUUUGCAGAUCUCAACCUGGCCAAUGAAAGGGUGGUCAGCUCAGCCACUCCCUGUGGAGACUUUUUCUUCCGCUGCUGUGAGACCAAGAGUGAAGGACCCACUGAGCACUCUCCUACUGACCUGGACCUGCACAUCAUCGUCAUCUGGAAGGCUUUUGUGGUGGAGGACAACAAGCAGCUGAUCCUGGAGGGACAGCUCCAUGUGGCCCUGCAGGACAUAGGCCAGAAGUCCCCCGAGCCACACAACCUGGACACUGCAGACAUGAUGCUGCUCAGGUUCCGCUCGGAGCCGGCCCCUCCUCCUGCAGCCCCCAAACUGGACUUCAGUGAGCUGGUCCGGACCAACCUAAGCUAUCCUGAGAGCCACAGUCAUGCCUUCGGUUCUAGCAGCAUGUGCGUGGUGUGUGUGAGCCUGACACUCACCAACAUGUCUGUGAGCGUGGCUCACGUCAGUGUGGAGCUGCAGCACCGAGCCUCUGGUGAGGUGGCUGACCAGUGCACCCUGUUCUCCUGGGUGGGGAAGAGCCUGUACCGUGUGGUGCUGGGGCCAGAGGAGGUGCGCUGUCUGCCCCUGCGUGCGUGCUUCUACAGCGCCGGAGUGUACGACCUGAGCAGCUGUAGAGUCCUGGUCAGACCGGCGCAGUCAGAUGCCCUUCCAGAGAGCAUCCACAGCUACGGCCCCGCGCUCAUUGUCAUAAACAACGCCUGACCGCUAGUUGAUGGUGCAGGAGUGACACUACACCAGACUGACCCCUAUUCUACAGUAUAACUAAAGCACAUGCAGCUGGUCACCACAACUAGGGAUCUCGUGACAGAUUGUUUUCCUGUUUACACCGAAGCCCUUUUCAGGAUCCCCUUCACAUUGCUAAUGCACUUCCCAGAUAGAAUGUGGAGUAGCAUGUGCAGGAGCAGGGCGUAGUGUGAAGCAGAAGAGGUUUGGGUUGGUGCUUUGUUCUCCCUUUGUAGACCUGGUGGAGUGGUGUGUCUGCAGCACUGACUGGACUAACUACAGACUCAUGUCUCAAACGCUUUUUUUCGGAUUUUGCAUAUUGCACCAUUGUUUGCUUGUAAUUUAUAUUCUGGGAUCAAAAUUAAUUAUCUGGACAUUGUUAUUAAGCACAUUAAACAUUUCUGUCAAUCUU